AGCGUCAAGCCCAAGAUCAAGACACAAGCGCCCCGGCAAGAUUGAGGAUGGGACAUGAGCAGCAGUAUGGAGUGUAAGGAGCCACAACAAGCAGGCCAUGACGCUUCAUCUCCACCACAACCAAGUGACCAGGCCAAGGAGAAACCAGCCAAGAGAACACGCAGGCCAGGGCAGUGUAACGUGUGUGGCAAGUGGUUCUCACAGCUGGAUAAUAUGAAGCGUCAUCUCGCCAGCCAUACCAAGGAAAAGCCAAUUGUGGAAAAGAAGAAGCCACGGAAGAAGAAAAAACACAAGCCAGCCCAGUGUGAUGUGUGUGGCAAACAGUACUCAGGGAACAACAUGAAGCGCCACCGUGCCACCCACUCCGAGAAGUCCCACCAGUGUCAGGAGUGUGGCAAGCUGUUCUCCCAACGAUGCUACCUCAAACAGCACCUCCUCACUCACUCCAAGGUCAAGACGCACCAAUGCCAACUCUGCCACUCCUCCUUCCUCACCAGGACGGCUCUCACUCGGCAUACCAGGAUCCACACUGCCAAGAGGAGCUACCAGUGUCACACCUGCCCCAUGACCUUCCAGCGCAGGGACGUGCUCAAUAAACACCUCCUGUCCCACGACACGCAGACCCACCAGUGUGAGGAGUGUGGGAAGACAUUUGCCCAGGAGAACUACCUCAACAAGCACAUGCUGGUGCACACGGAGGUCAGGUUGUAUCCGUGCACCAUCUGUGGGAAGGAAUUCUUGCACAAAUCCGACUUGAAUCGCCACUCGCUGAUACACGCCGGCACAAAGUCCUUCACCUGUGACGUGUGUGGGAAGAACUUCACCCUCAAGUGUAACAUGAAAAAACACAUGAUGUGUCACUUCAGAGAGAAAAAUUGGACUUGUGUGGAGUGUGACAAGACUUUCUCGAGUGCCCGGGGCCUCGCGCAGCACCUCAAGUCACACAAGGAACACUGACUCACAAAACUAAAGACCACAAUCAUAAACAUUCACUCUUAUUUAUUUACCACAAUCAUAAACAUUCACUUUUUUUAUUUAUCUAUAAGGCUCUGCUCCAUUAACGUGCCAUGCUUUACAAUAAAUACUCAUAACAAAGUAAGAAUAUAGGGAAGCUGCAAGAAGACAUCAAGCCGACACACGUAGUAUCAGUUUGUAACCCACACACAUAUCAACCAAUCUUUGCCAUUCAUAAAUUUCAGAACUAUUUAUAAAUCUCCCUGAUGAUUACCAAGUAUAUCUCAUACCUGUCUGAGAUUAAUAUUUUGAGCUUGAAUUAAUUAUUUCUCAUUCCAUCUUGAUUUGGUCUGGAGAGUUUUUAUUUUGCUUAUGUUACCUUUAUUAUACACAUAUAUUCUUAUAAAAGGUAUCAGUUUUCAAGAUCAAGAUAGUUUUCUUAAUUUUAUUGUUAAACAAGGAAUCUGUGUCUGUAAAGGAAAAAAAUCUAAAAAUCAAACUUAUUCCUGUGGCUUUGAGAAAUAGUGUUAAUAAGAGGCAGGUGAAGGCAUUGCAGGCCGGUUCACUUCACACCUCACACUGCCUGUCAUUAUUACCCAAUAGUCACAUCACAAUUAAUUCAACAAGCGCUACACUUCAAUUGGAAUUCCGACACACAUAAGAGAAACGCUUUCACUCGCAGUAUAUUGAAAAAUUUACAUACAUUUGAGACUAAUCAGAUUUUUAAUUACAGAACAUAAUUUUGCCAAACUGUUUAUGUAUUCAUGUACCAGUAGUGUUGUCAAAUGAAAGGGUGCACUGAUUUGCAUCCUCAGAGUUACUCAUUCCAUUGCAAUGAAACCCUACAGUCAGUCAGCGUGUCUGCUGCUACAGGGCUUCAGAAUGCUAAUAGGGGUCAGUGUACAGUCAGGCAGUGUGGGGGUCAGGUCACACUCAUCUUAUCUUCACUUUGUACCUCAUGGGCAGCUUUAUGCAGUUAUCAGUUUAUUUUUAGUAUAAUUUCUGUUACUACUAUUAAUCAUGUCAUCAUCGCUGCUACAAGUGACGGCGCUGCUACAAUUGAGUCAGUAUUGAUAUUUAUACUUUUUACUUUAAUAAAAAUGUACUUUGUUACA